UUUCAUAUAUAUUUAUUUUUUCAUAAUAAUAUAUAUUUCUAUUUUUAUAUAUAGCCCCCUCAACUUUCAUAACUACCACCAUAAAGCUCAAAUUCUUCAUCUCCCUCCUCCUUAUGUAUUUAUGUCUCAUGCUCUGGAAGCAGCCCAUAACCACUGAAACUUCUUGAGUUUUCACCAAUCUCGAGAGAAAUUACACAAAUUUCAAUUAUUCCAAGCAUGCAAAGCCCAGCAGAGAAAAGAGCAGGAGUGUACACCUACAUAAGCCAGUGGCCAAUCUACUCCUUAGCUUGGUCAGUCCGUCAUGACAAGCCCUCACGCCUUGCCAUAGGCAGCUUCAUUGAAGACUACAGCAAUAAGGUUGAGCUAGUCCAAUUCAACCGGGACACCUCCGAUUUUGCUACUGAUAACCGCCUAAUUUUCGACCACCCUUACGCACCCACCAACCUCAUGUUCUUCCCCUCCAAGGACCCUUCAAACCCCGACCUGAUGGCCACGUCCGGCGACUACUUGAGGCUAUGGGAGAUCCAUGAUGACAGAAUUGAGCUCAAGUCCCUGCUCAAUGGGAACAGUAGCAGUGAAUUUAAUUCGGCUAUAACAUCUUUUGAUUGGGCUGAGUGUGACACUAAGCGUGUGGCCACGUCUAGUGUGGACACUACAUGCACAAUUUGGGACAUUGAGAGGGAAGCUGUGGACACUCAGUUGGUGGCUCAUGAUAAAGAAGUGUAUGACAUUUCUUGGGGUGGCUUCAAUGUAUUUGCCUCAGCUUCUGGGGAUGGCACUGUCAGGGUCUUUGAUUUGAGGGACAAAGAGAGAUCAACCAUAGUGUAUGAAAACCCAUCUCAAGAUGGGUCCUUGCUGAGGCUGGAAUGGAACAAGCAAGACCCGAGAUUCAUUGCCACAGUGGGCAUGGACAGCAACAAAGUCGUGAUAUUGGACAUCAGAUUUCCUACAGCUCCUCUCAUGGAGCUUAAAAAGCACGGAUCCAGUGUGAACGCCAUUUCCUGGUCCCCAGGUAUGGGCCACCAGAUAUGUUCUGUGAGUGAUGAUUCAAGGGCUAUGAUUUGGGAGGUGGUCAAACCUGGGGUUCAAUCGGACGGUGGUGGAAAUGUGGAGCCAGAGAUGUGGUAUGGAGCGACGGCUCAGAUUAACCAAGUGCGUUGGUCUGCUGUGGAGGUGGAUUGGAUUGCUAUUGCCUUCUUGAAUAAGUUGCAGGUCUUGAAGGUUUAGAAAUUACAAGGUUCAUGAAAAAAAUAUAUAUAAUAGUAUCAUUGGCAAUUUCAUGGGCAAUGGUAUAUUUAGAGUUGUAUAAUUAAGAGUUGAAAGGAGAAAUGGGAACUAAUUUAACUGGGAGAUAUUUGUAAAAUACAAUUUUCGUGUGACAAUGGAAAUGGUCAAAAUGCUCAUCGACCAAUACCACAAUGAAGUU